UCGUAUCAGACGCAGUUCGCGGCAGGUGCGCCGUAAGUCCGGCACGGCGAAUGCGAUCAGUUGUUUCCGAGCAUUCGAACGUGCGGUUUGUUGUUCCCUCGUUGUCGGUUGUUUAUUUCGUCAUCGGAACAGGGCUCGAGGAACGUCGACGGACCGCCGUGUUCGACGACGGCAGUUUUCAGUGCAGUUCGCGUGGUGUGAACGUUCAGUGUCACUGGUUUCUUCCUUCUCGAGCGAAGUACAUGCUUCCGCAGUGACGAUAGGUGGUCCGCCGUACAAUCGAAGAAUGUUGGAUCGCGAUACUGCGAUACAUCUCAUUGCCGGAGGAGUGGCCGGUACUGCAGGUGCAAUAGUCACUUGUCCCUUAGAGGUGGUGAAAACACGACUGCAGUCCUCCUCUUCUGGUUUCUAUCCACGCCCACAGAACACAGAAUUUAAUUCUGGCCAUGUGACUUGCAAGAGUUUUCCUAAAUCAGAACAGAGAAGGCGACUGUGCACGGGAGGUUCUGAUAGGAAAUUACAAUACAGGCAUGUUCUGGUGGCCCUAUCCCACUUUGGGGUGCACUCCACACCUGGAGGUACCCCCUGCACCCACUCAGCCCCAGGUAUCUUUCAAUGCAUCAGAUACAUCGUGCAAAACGAAGGGACGCGUGCGCUGUUCAAAGGGCUUGGCCCGAACCUCAUCGGUGUCGCUCCCUCAAGAGCAAUUUACUUCUGCGCCUACUCAAAGAGCAAGGUCGCCUUCAACACGAUCUUACCCGCGGAUACGCCUAUCGUUCAUGUCUUCUCCGCAUUCUGCGCUGGUUUCGUGGCAUGCACGUUGACAAAUCCAAUUUGGUUCGUGAAAACCAGGCUACAGCUGGACCACCGGACGGAUACAAUCACCGCGAUGGAGUGCGUGCAAAGGAUAUAUCGCCAAUCGGGUAUCCUGGGAUUUUAUAAGGGAAUCGUGGCGUCCUAUGUAGGAAUAAGUGAGACUGUGAUACACUUUGUGAUCUAUGAGGCUGUGAAGGUUUGGCUAGCUACGCACAGAUCCAGAGUCUCCAGGACAGACGACAGUAAAUCAUUCAUGGACUUCAUUGAAUUCAUGGCGGCAGGAUCUUGCUCCAAGACCAUUGCAUCUACCAUUGCUUACCCCCAUGAGGUAGCAAGGACACGGCUAAGGGAAGAGGGUACAAAGUAUAGAACCUUCUGGCAGACUCUGAAGACAGUCGUCGCAGAAGAAGGGCCAAACGGGUUGUACCGUGGAUUGGGUACUCAUCUGAUCAGGCAGAUACCGAACACGGCCAUUAUAAUGGCAACGUACGAGGCGGUGGUGUACCUUCUCAGCAGGCACUUUCAUCAGCGCACCAGGGCCAUCAGCACCACCAGCGGGUCACAGUUCUAUACGGAGGCAAAGGGAAAACGAGAACUCGCCUAGGACUUGCUUACGGCCCCUGAAUAAAGGGCCGAUGGCUCGUAACGAGUCCAAUGUAGCUGUGUCCAGUUUAUGAAUGCAGACGUGUCCAGGUGCGGGGGAGAGAGACGUCACGUCGGAAUCGCGUUGUCCGUGUCAUCGGUUGGUGCCAUAUUUGUUACGUUUGAAGGUAGCGAAAGGUAUCACAGCGGCAUUGAACGCUGUGCGCUGUGUAAGUGUAGCAAAACGUAGUCCUUCCUCCUUUCAGGUAGCAUACAUUCGUACGUGGAACAGAGCCUGUCUGUUGUACCUCACCGAGAGAGAGAAAGAGAAAGAGAGAGAGAGAGCGAGAGAGAGAGAAAGAGAAAGAGAAAGAGAAAGAGAGAGAAAAAGAGACACGGAACACGAAGGUGGGAACCGAAGCUGGAUUAAUUGAGUCGGUUACUUCGAAGUGCGCCGCGCCUCACAAUGAUCAUUGAACAGAGCCUGUAUUACUAUUUGUGGGAUUGCAGCUGUAAUACACUCGAAAAGGCCGCUUUAGGUACCUUCUCAACAUUCUGGGGUUCUGAAAACUAGGAACAUAUCGAAAUUUUCAUUGCUUAAUUCCAUCUGGCCAACCGGUUGCCGAUAUAACCUCAAAUAGCCUUUUCUAAAUUAUUCUGUACACCCGUGAUCGGUCGAACUUGAUGAUUCCUGUGUUUUAGAGCCACCAAAAUAAGAAUCUUCAUCAAAUGCAGGGUUGUGAUCUUGUUAGAGCAGUCUGCGUGAACGCCAAAAAUUUAUAAAAAUACAUAAGGAGCAGGCUGUCUGCAUAAGGAUUGUGUUUCUACAUUGUUAAUAACUUAUUAUCUUUCUCUGCCUAGCGAUCCUUCAUGAAUUCGUCAUCGAAUUGUAGUCAUCGACUUCUUGUUCCUUGAAAGGGAGAGCUAACAAAAUUUCUUUGUAUCAUUACAAUAUAUUGCUCUUUGAUGAUCGCAAAAUGAUUGUUCAGUUUGCUUAUAUUCAACAUUAGUAUAGAGAUGUAUUAUUACUAUUAUUGAUAUGUCAUGACCUAGAUAUGUUUCUUUUCUUUUGCAAUUUAUUAUCGUGUAUCAACGAAAACCUAAUUAAGCAGAACUCCUGAGACAAAUCUGUACAUAUGAAUUACAAGUUUAACGAAGAAAAAUUAAGUUUUUCUUUCUUUGUUGUCACCUCGGAUAAACUCGGAAUAGAAAAGCAAACAAAAAUUAUAUAUGAAACAAUGACAAUGUUUUUAUUGUUUAUAGAUCAGCUUUCAGGAGUUCUUUAAAGGGUUAAAACCUACAGGGUUGUGAACCUAAAACAAUGAAUUUUGUAAAACUUAGCAAUAAGUGUUGUGUACAUAAAAUAAAAUUGCGAUAUAUCUGUCUGUAGAUUUUCAGCCGUUCGUAUUUUUUCGAGUGCGUAGAAUGCGCGUUAUUUACACCGUCGGAGAAGAUUAAGAGAAAAACGAAGUUUCUAUAACAAAGAGGAAGUAUUAGUAGCCAUCCCAUUGUUUCCUUUAUUGUAUUUGACAAUUUAUCGUUGUUUAAACGUGACUCGUUGAAGAAGAGAUGAAAUAUUAAGAUGUAAGUUACAUGUAAGAAGAUUAAUAAUGUUUUGUUACUGAGAUUCUAUCUGUAGCGUUUGUAAGUUCGGUUGCGUUGCCCGUUACAAAUUUACCGGUUGAGAAGUGUUAACAGUUAUGUAAUAUAACAGGUUUUUAAUUUUUAUACUUGUCUCGAUGUUAUCCGCGUACAGGAUUAUAUUUAUUCGCGCUCCUUGGCUCGUACUACUUGUAACAAAUUCGACGACUCAGGUUUCUUGAUACAACUAGUCUAUGAAAUGCUGUCUAAUGAAAGUCCUAACCACUGUAUUGCGUAGUAUCAUUGAGACAGAUAAUCCUUGCACCAAGGAAUUGGCCCACGAUAAAUUAAAGUACAUUUUGAAUGA